AUGACAUCCACAAAGAAGGAAACAAAUGAUGACGAUAUCAAUCCACUGCUCCAUCCACAAUCGGUAAAGUCUGAGCCAAAAGAAGAGGAGGCGCUGAAAACAUCCUCUAACAAUGACACCGGGACGACGCCAACUGCAUCUUCAGAGGUUGCUUCAUCAUCAUCCACGACUUCGCUUGCCGGCUCGCGUAAGCUCCCACCAUUAGCUAGUCUACAAUCAGUCUAUCGUAGCGACUACCAGCCAUUCACGACAUUCUUGCCCUAUGAACCAGCGUUCAGGGAACAACAAUCCAAUACGCCCGCCCUGGCAACAAAUAUCGCUGCUAGCGCCUUGUCGAGAUUGGAAUCUGGCGCUUUUGGUGAUGUGUCCUUGACAGAGUCGAGGAAAAGUCUAACCGAGGCGGCGGAUGCAAAUGAGUCAUCACUGAAGACCAAGCUGCAAAAGCAAGAUGAUGUGCAAGAAGCUCACGAUCAAACUCAUCGGCACCAACACCAACACCAACACCAACACCAGCACCAACACCAACACCAGCUGCAGAUCUUUCACACCUCCACAAGCAAUGUAUCGUCCGACUCAACUGACCCUACCAACAAAUCAAAGCCAUUCAAGUGUACCUUUGAAUCAUGUGAGUGGUCGUUUGCUCGUCAAUCAGACCUAACCCGUCACUUCAAAUCCCAUAUGGCGCCUCAAUACCAUUGCCCCUAUUGGAAAAACGACCCUACAUGCCACAAGAAUGGUGGAGCUUUCAAUCGGUUGGACGUGUUGAAACGCCACUUGAAGUUGGUCCACUAUGUCCGUGAUAAACGAUUGCCCAUUGGUGAAGGUGCACGGAUCAUCACUACAACAGGGUCCAAAACUUCUUACGUAGUUGACGAACCAGGCUGGUGUCGAUCGUGCCAGCGUAUGUUCCCCAAUUCCAAGGCCUUUGUUGACCAUUGUUUUGCUUGUGCAUCGCAAACACAACCUACUGAAUGGCAAUCGCAGAAGGACCUCGCAUCAACUGGAUCAUCUACGGAUGCCGAAUUACACCAAGCAAAGUUCAGGGUGCUUUUAGGACCACCUCAAUCAAAGAAACGAAAGACUACAGCCACAUAG